CACGGGCAGCCGAUAAACGUCAUCGAUGGUUCAGGUUGCUUCUAGAUCAACUGUGGACUUCACCAUGCCACCCUCUCAGAGCCCCUCGAUACAUGCCUAUUUCUUCAAGGCUCCCCCCGCCGCCCAGCGCAUCGGCCUCCCCUGUCUUUCCUGUCAUCAAUCCCAUCACGUUGACUGCGAACCUUGCAGCAAUUGAUCUGGUUUGGUUGGACCCCAAAUUCCCCAAUAUAUGACCUCAUACUCGCACUACGGUCUCAACGUGAAGGCUUCUACAAUCAGGUAGACCUUAUCAACGGCGCACACGGCUUCAGCAGCCAUGGCUGAGCACGUACCACUACGCGGAUCUUGCCAAUGCGGCCGCAAUCAAUAUUUGAUUCGUCUGCCUGAUGAUGUUACCGACCAUGCUCACGUCUACUUUGACUCCAGUCAAGACAACCGAAGAUUCCACGGCUCACCGUUGACGGCAUGGCUUCGCGUCCCAUUAUCUUGGUACCAAUCCCACACGCAAUCCUUUUUUCCCGAUGAAACACAUGCAAGUAUCCGACGCAUCUUCUCCCCGCACCAUGCGCCUCACACUCAGCGGGUCUUUUGCGGAUUCUGCGGCACCCCACUCACAUACUGGAGCGAGGUGCCCCGGGAUGAGGCGGAUUUCAUGAGUGUGUCUCUGGGUAGUCUUUUCGGCGAACAUCAACGUAAGCUGGAGGAUCUGGAUCUACUUCCUCCAGCUGUCCCUUCUUCUGAUGACGAAGAUGAAGAGGAGGACGACGAAGUUGAGGAAGUGCUAAGAGUUGGCGAGGUUGAAGUGGAAGACGCGGACGAGGAAGAGGAGGAGGCGGAAGCGGAGCAGGAACUCGAAUCUGAAGGCAAGGUGGUUGCUGUUCCGGCGACAGCGUCCAGUGACCGUCCCACUUCGACUCGUGUAGUCAUUCCUGCUGCCGCGGGGGGCGAUGGGUCUGGUCUCUCACGGAGCUACAGGCAAGGCACCUUCGGCGGGAUACCGUGGUUCGAGGAAAUGAUCGAAGGUAGCCAGUUGGGCCGUUUGAUGAAGACAAGACGCGGGGUGGGUGUUAGCGACGACCACUCGACGACCGUCGAGUGGGAAAUUAGUGAGUGGUCGAGCGAUGCGACUGGUGCGCAGAAACCGGCUGGCGGCUUUUUGAGAAAUUGUCACUGA